CUGUAGAGGAGCCCCUGGCCCCCAUUGUUCACACAGUUUUACUCUUCAUAGCAGCUGUAGAAGAAGGACGUCUCUAACUCUGCUUCCUUCUUUAUGAUGGAGCUUUAACAUCAUCGGAGCUAACAGAGACUUGAUGCCGGCGGAUAAUCUGUGAUGAUGAUCAACCCAAACAGAUCCUAACAUAAACAAGCUGCACAGCAGGAGAGACUCAACAGAAUCUGUGGCUUUGCAGAUGAACAGCUUCUGAUCCGUCCUGGAUUGAAGUUCCUCCAUGGCCCUGGACCCGGCCGUCAACAUGAGUCUGAUGGACAUUUCUAAAAUCUUCUCCCUCCUGCAGCCCAAGGAGGAGGACGAGGACGGAGAGCAGGGUCGGGCCUUGAACAACGCCGUGAGCGCAGACGACGCCGCCCUGCUCUCUGACCUCCUCGCUCAGGAAAAGUACAGGAGGUGCAUCGAUGCCCCGAGCGGCUGGGGGGUCCCGGUGACGCCCCUGCGCACCGCCGCUGCUCUCGGACACCUGAGGUGCCUGGAGCUGCUGUUGGAUCACGGUGCAGAGGUCGACGUUUUGGAUGUGAAGGCCCAGACGCCGCUGUUCACAGCUGUGAGCGGGAAACACCUGGACUGCGCGGCGGCGCUGCUGAAGGCCGGAGCCGACCCCAACGGCAGCCAGUACAACAACUGCUCCCCGGUGCUGACGGCCGCCCGCGAGGGAGACGUAGACAUCCUGCGGGAGCUGCUGCGGUUUGGAGCCGAGGUGGACGUCCGACCCAAAGUCCCAGAGUGGGCGUCCAACGCCACGGCCUGCAGGGGGCCCCUGUACAUCUCGGCUGUCUAUGGACACCUGGGCUGCUUCAAGCUGCUCCUGCUCCAUGGGGCCAACCCCAACUAUAACUGCACAGACGAGAAGAUGCUGGCCAGGAUCAAGCAGCCCAAGACGGUGGUGGAGGUGUGUCUGCGUUACGGCUGUGGGGUGGAAUACAUUCAGCUGCUCAUAGACUUUGGGGCGGACGUUUACUUACCGACGCUUAUUAUCGAUAAAACUACGAAGCAGAAUGAAGCCCUGCUGCUGCUGCUGAGGGAGAGAGUUUGUCCAAAAACUCUGAUGUCCCAGGCCCGGCUGGCAAUCCGAGGACACAUCCCUCAUGCUGAUAAGGACCCUGCAAUAGACAGUUUGGACAUUCCUCUGAUACUGAAGAACUACUUAAAGCACAGAAACUCUGAACUCUGAUCUCACUUUGAGUUUUUCUGGCCGGCGUUCAGAUUUUAAGCUGGAUUUUUGUUUUAUAGAUUGUUUAUUUCCUCCAAUGAGCAGCAGAAGACAGAGCUGUCCUAGAUGUUCUCUCACCUGCAGAUAAAAGCUUCAAUGUGUUUCAGUCAGAUUUGAAAGGAGAGAUAAAAACCUGACUGCUGGAAGGAAAAUUAUGUUGUUUUUUUUAAACUUUU